CACGACCAUUAGUCUUCAAGAGUUGAAAAGAGUUGAUGAUUUUGAAAUUUUCAAGGCUUAUCCUUGGGCUCUAGAAUCUUAUAAUGUGACAAUUACUCACAUGAAGGAUUUGAUGGUUGGUCAGCCGAGAAAGUAUAAUAAAUCGAGGGCUAAAAAUCCCAAUUUCAAGUUUGCGAGGUUCAGUCUCUAUGGCUUUCCCCAAGUGCUACAGGUUUGGGCAUAUGAAUCUUUGCCAGCCCUUGGUAGUGCCUUUGCACAACGGGUAGGAAAUUCAGAAAUUCCCUUUCUCAAUUGGAAGGCAGAUGGAUUCUAUCAUGCUUCUUCAAUUUAUGAUGAAGUUUUCAAAGAUGAUGACGCCCAAGAAAGUGAAGAUGAUGAAGUUAAAGAUGAACAUGAGGAAGAGGAUGAAGCUGAUUCUCACGAAGAUGAACAUGAGGAGGUUCAAGUUGAUUUGAACGAAGCUUAUGAAUCGGUAAUCAACACUUGUAUUUUUAAUCUAUCAAAAUACUUAUUUGUAACGCAUUAAAUCAACUAUAUAUUGGGUGCAUUAGUCAUGAAAUUUGCUUUGAGUCAC